UCGCUUCAUUCUUCCUCCGACACCUUACGAAUCAAAUCCUGUCGUCCGUCUGACGGAUCCACACCUGUGAUUCAAGUUGGACCAGAAAGUCGAUUUAAACAGAUUCAUCAGACGGACGUUAGUUAUUCUAUAAAAAUGUUGUCAGCGCAAAAUGAAAACUUCACAACCCCCGUCUCCGGUGGCGGCAGAGGCGGCUGCCCACCUGUCGGGAUUCAACUGGAGGGUGUGAUCCUGCCCCCUGUCCUUACUAUCGAUGUCAUACUGGGGCUUCUGGGUAAUGUAGUCGCCCUGUGGAUCUUCUGUUUCAAACUGAAGACCUGGAACCCCAAUAACCUGUUCCUCUUUAACCUGGUCAUCGCUGACUUCUUCGCUCUCCUCAGUCUCCCUCUGAGGAUCGAUGCCUUGCUCAGGGGUCACUGGGUGUUUGGAGACGGGUUGUGCCGAAUCAACCUCUUCCUUAUGUUUUCCAACCGCUCGGCCAGCAUCGCUCUGAUGACCGUGGUGGCAAUCUAUCGCUACUUUAAGGUCGUCCACCCUCACCACAGGUUCAACCGAAUGACCAUGCAUCAGGCUGCGUUGGUGCUGCUGUUGGUUUGGCUGCUGGUGAUCAGCCCUCGGGUUCCCAUGUUAGCUUACAGCCACAUAAAGGGCAGCGGCAACAGGACCCAGUGCUUCUUCUUCACGUCGUACAAAGAGGCCUCCCGCGCCAUCAUCAUCCUGGUCGGCAUGCACCGGAUCCUGACGGUGCUGGAGUUCUUCAUCCCGCUCGCCAUGCUGCUGUUCUGCUCCAUCCGGAUCUCCAGCUUCCUGAAGGAGCGGCAGAUGGGCAAACCUGACAAGGUACGCAAGGCGAUGCGAGUGUGUGCCGCCAUUGUUGCAGUCUUCAUGGUUUGCUUCUUGCCCACCACGGUUACGACCAUCGGGGUUUGGGUCGUCCGCUCGUACCGCCCAUGGGACUGUGCCGCUUUCUACACGUUUACACAGCUCACCAUCGUGUCGUUGGGACUGAACUUCCUGAACUCGGCUCUGGACCCCAUCGUCUACGUCUUCUCGAGCUCCAUGUUCAGGAAGGCCCUCUGCAGCUUGUUGCCCCGCGCCCUGUGCUGUGGUCAAGACGCCACUGCCAAUGAAAACUCAGCGUCCUCUUCAGGAAAUCAGUCAACGACCCAACAGGAACUGAAAUCCAUGAGAAUGAGCAGAGGGAGUGAAGCCAUGUGAUCAGAACUUCUCCCAGAAUAUUGACUACAUACCUGAUUAUUGUUGGUUAAA